AUGAUGAUGCACCCUCUGGUAAUCUAUGCUUAUAUCAACACUGCCCUAUCGUGUGGAAUUGCACUCUUGUCUUACAUACUCGAUACAUCUUUCUUCGUAUCAGAAUUGCAGAAACUCCUUGAGAUAUUUGCGACUGCUCAAAAGACUGUGUCCUCAAGUCUGGCAUCCAGCGCCUCCACAGUAAUUUCCUACUUGAUAGAGCGAGCUCGACACAAGGAUCCUCAGGCUCCACCGCCUCUCAAGCGAGCCACUGGAACUUUCCAGGCGACACCGCGCUCGAGUCCCCAUUCUACUCACGCCGAAGAUCUUAGACAUAAGUCUCCACUCACUUCGAACUCGGGAUCGGAUGAAGGACCUCUGUCCCAUUCAAGAGUACACUCUCUUGAGCAAUAUCAGCGCCCGAUCAGACACUUCCCAGCCCUUGAACAAACUUCGGAACAAAUGACCGUUCAGAAUGAUCACAUCCCGGAUGCAGCAUCUGGGCCUGUCUCUGCUCAUGCGUACUCGAUUGGAGGAAGUUCCGAUCCCCCGAUCAUCGAUAUCAAUGCGAUGGCUCAUUUACCCUUUACCUUCAGAUCACCUUCACCGUUUCCGACCAUGAAUACCUCCAUUAAUCAGCCAUCUGGCUCAGGGCCUUCAUUCCCAGAAGAAAACAUGGAGGAUCAAAGUAUCCCAUUAAAUUUAUUCGAUCCACAAUUUCUAGCACUCUUCGGACUCACUUCUACUCGAAGUCAUCAAGCAGGCACACCGCAAGAUAAUAGCACGCACCCUCCUCCGAGACUGGAGAGUCAAGCCUCGUAUACUAACUCGACUGAAGCAACCAAUUAUGAAUCACAUGAGAUAAGAGAUCGAAUACAAAGUUUAGAAGGAUCGAGUGGAGGAAAUUCAGUAAAUGCGAUUAGUCCUCCGAUGAACUCAGAUCCUACGACAUCUUUUACUUCACCUCCUACUCAAGUCGGAAUCAAUCCGAACUCAAAGGAAUCAUUCAAUCAUGAAUCACACAGAAACAGAGAUCAAAUACAAAGCCCCAAAGGAUCUAGUGGAGGAAAUUCUGGAAGUAUGACCAGUCCUCCGAUGAAUUCAGGUCCUAUGACACCUUUUACUUCACCUCCUAAUCGAGUUGGAAUCGAGGAUGGAAGGCUAGGAGUUGGAGAAACACCAAAGGAAUCAAUAUUAUCUGUUCAAUGUGUUUUAACGAUCCAUCCAUCCCCUUCUCAAUGGAACCACAAUCUCGAAGAAAAAUCUCUAGACUCCAAAGACGGAUCCGUGUUUGAUUCACAAUCAUAUUCGCAAUCCAGUCAGGCAAGUCGUAGUAUUGCGUCCACAAGGAAGAGUAUACUUAUCAAGUGUGCUACUGCAUCCAACGAUCUCAAACCAUCAGAUAUCCUCAUCGACCGAUUUCAGGUCUGCAAGUCCGUUUGUGAUCCUUUGUUAACAUUCUUCAAAGCUGAGGAGCACGAUGCAAUGGCAAAGAUCGUCCAUUCCUCAAUCGUUCUACACCUCCAAAAACUCAAAACCGAGGUGCGACUUCACAUUUGUAACAUCAUAGAAGACACGGGGGAAUUGCCAAGUUUGGUCGCUAGCGAGCGAGAGUCGUCCACUCGACUCAUCACAUCCUUGACUCGUUCCAUUGCGUUCGCUACACACAGCCCUUUGAACCUUGAAGGCCGACAAGACCUAUGGCUUUGCAAUCAACUUGUAGUCGAACAUCUUCGAAAAGAAGUUCAAGAAGGGAACAUGCUGCAGAAAAGGAAAUUGAUCAUGCAAACCAAUAGCGCUCAGUUCGAAGAAGGUUUAGUUCGUGCUAUCCGAAGUAUCUGGGCUGUUUUCCACGAUAAUCGUAAAUCGGGUGAAGUGUACAACCGUUGGGUGACUUCCGCUAAUUUGAUCGAUGUCAUCUCACCUACCACCCAAUGGGAAGCAUUCAGCUCUCGCGAGGACUGUUUGCUUGACCCUGAUACACCUCUUCGAAACCCCAAAAGAUAA